AUUCAGUAGAAACCGACAUCCUUACUAAAGUUGACCGAUAUCACAUGUCGGUCAACACAUGUCGGUUACUACAUAUCAGCCACAACGUACCAGUUAUAACUAAGUGGGCCGAUAUCUAUAACAUGCCAGCUCAGCAUGGUAAGGCGGCGACAACUCAGCGUAAUUCAUCAUUACGUUUAUCCAAGUGGCAAGCUAUCAAGAGAAACCACCAAGGACCGCCUUUGACCGUUCAAAAUAUAAUGAUUACUGUACAGAUAAUUAUGUCUGGGCGAGACCAUGCUACUCACCCCGGGCAGAGCCAUUCAACUAAUCAUUCCCCGCGGCGUACAACGCCACCACCUCCGGCCGCGAAUAUUACAAACUUCCUUCAAAACCCGGAAUUCAUACAGGGUUUGUCUUCAUUAAUAGCUCGAGCCAUGCCUAGAAACUCGAGCACGAUGCCCUUGACUACUAACCCAACAGAGCAUCCCAAUCAUAUUCAUCAUGAUCAUGAAACACAUUACCUUGGUUCGCAUCUGCCUCACGCUGGUUCAGGGCAAACACACGGGCUCUCCCUCCUCCUCCUUGGAUCUGGGCCUGCUGCUGAAACUGCUGCUGAGGUUGCUGUUGGGGCUGCUGCUGCCCCUGGCCUCUCUCCGGGCAAUCAAAGGCCAUGUGUCCCUCCUUCCUGCAGUAGUAGCAAAUCCUCUGACACGCUAAGCACUGUCCCCCGUGAGCCCGGCCACAGCUGCCACAGGGUGGCCGAGCUCUCGAAGCCUGCUGUGCUGGCUGACGGUCACCACGUCCACCAUUCCCUCCAUUCUUGUUCUGUUGGUUCUUCUUCUUGCCUUCGAACUUUCUCUUACCGCCACUACCGGACGGCUGGGCAAAAGGCUGCUGAUGAACAACUGGUUGUACCUGGACUG